AUGCUCCCUGUGCGGCGCCACAGCCCCUUGGAUCUCAGCAGCAGCCCCCCACUCCCACCAGUUGACGCACCCACCCUCGCUCCCACUACUGCUGUCGCUGCGCAUGCUGCCUCGGGAGCCACGCUGCCCGCCUCCACCAUGGCAGCAGCAGCAGCAGCAGCAGGGGUUGGCAGUGGUGCAGAGGGGGCAAGCGGUGCAGCAGUGGCAUCAGCAGCAUCUGGAAACCAUGUGUCAGCAUCAACCCCACCACAGGCCCACAUGCCCACUCAGUCAAUCGCCCCUCACACUUCCCUCCCCUCCCUGCCACACUUCCCUUCCUUCUCCACUACACUCCCCCACCCCGCCUUCCAAUCCCCUUCACCUUCUCCCCACACCCCUCCCCUUCCCAGCAGACCCACUCCUCCUCCCACUCUCCCGCUCCCCCACUCCAUGCCCAUAGCCUCCCUGCCCUCUCUCUCCACCACCCCCCCUCCUCCUGUCACGGGACCCAUCCCCCAAGCCCCCCCAGCCCCCAUGCAAGUGUCCUCUGCUGCCACUGCUGCCCCUGCCAUGGCUUCACCCACACCUGCUACAAUGACUGCUGCACACACAGGCAGUGCCAUCUCGCACUCUGCUUCUCCCUCCGCCCCAGUGCCAGCUGCUGCCUCCGCCUCCGCCCUCCAUGCAUCUUCCACUCUCCACACUGCCUCUGCUGGAGCCACUCCCACUGCCACUGCUCCGGCUCCUGCUGCUGCUGGCGGGGCCAAAGGACUGGCAGCGCCCGUGGGGGGCGCAGGGGGGCGCAGCGUGGGUGGUGUUGCAGGUCGGGGGGCUGGUGGGAGUGUGCAGGGGGGCAGGGGAAGGGGAGCGGAGGUGGUGGGAAUUGCAUUGCCGGGCAGCAAGGCAGCAGCGCCUCUCAGUCAAUGCUUGCCAGGCCUCCCGUCCCUGCCCACUCCUCCCUCUCUCCCCGCUCCUCCCUCUCUCCCCACUCCCACCUCUCUCCCUACCCCUCCAUCACUCCACACGGCACAGAAGGUGGUUGCCCUGCCUCAUUCCGCUCCCGCCCAUGCUCCUGCCACACUCCCUGCCUCCUCUGCUCCUCCGCCCUCUUCCCUGCCCCCUCGCCUCUGGGCAGGGGCAGCAGCGGUCAUGCGGCGAGUGUAG